UCGGAUACGGAUCUCUCUCUCUCUCUCACUCUCAGGCGGUGGGCGACUGGAUAUUUUUUGGGUGAACCGUGACGCGCUACUGGUCUGGAAUUGAUAUCGCACCACGCACGCACUCACUCACGCGCCGCCGGUACAUGGCGAUUCUCUCACUUUCCUUCUCUCUACCUGCUUCCACUCCGAAAGCGGCGAUGUUUUUAGCGCCUUCUUCUACCUCGACCUCGUUUAUGGCGUCUUCUUCAAACGCCCUUCCUCUGCUGCCGCCUUUGAAUUCUGUCCAGACGAGAUUGAGCCGCGGUCGCCGGAGGUCAGGGAUUGUGGCUAUGGCUCCCGAUGAAGAGAAGAUGACUCGCCGUUCACCUCUUGAUUUUCCCAUCGAGUGGGAUAGGCCAAAGCCUGGAAGGAGACCCGACAUAUUCCCACAGUUCAGCCCGAUGAAAACUCCAUUACCACCUCCAAUGCCAUGCGAUCCAGAUGAAGAAGACGAAGAAGACGAAGAGGAUAAGAAAGAGGAAGACGAGGAAGAUCCAGACAAGGAAGAUCCGGACAAGCAAGAAUAGUACUAUAAUUCGUUUGUUUUGACCAUUGCAUGAAAUCUUCAAUGGGUUUCACUUGGAUGGUUCCCUACCUAGUUAAUUAUUUUUGCAGGUUCUGGUUCUUUUGUAGGAGUUGAACGAGAGACGAGGUUUUCUACUCGGGUGUUAUUCCAUAGUUGAUAUGUAUUACUGUUGAUUUAUUUUUGUUUCUGUGCAAUUUGUCGCCUUAUCUAAUAAUGUUCAACGUAGGCAUAAUAUAAAGAUAUCAAUGGUAACUGUUGAACUUAUUUGAAAAUUGUGUUUCAUGUUUGGAA